AUGCUCAGCUACUGCAUGCACGUCACCUUUUACUUGCUGCUUAAGACGGAGGGCAAGAAGGUCUUGGGGCACCCUGUUAUUGAUAACCUGGUGGAGAUUCGUGUUUACCUUGAAAAACUCUUCCCACUCGAGGAGAAGCUGCAGUACUCGUUGAAUCGUCUUCUUAGCGGUAAAACAACGGCUGCGGCUCGCCUGGACACCCUGCGCCCGCUUCAGCACAACGAGCGUGGUGCCCUUGCGGCGAACAAGGAGGCGCGGAAGAACCGCAAGCAGCUGGAAGCGAUGAAGGAGGCGGAGGAAAUUGAAAAGGAAGAGUUGGCCACCAUGAAUCGCAUCCGAACAAAGAAGUCUGCCGCGCUUGACGACAUUUCCUCCCUUGACCGCAAGGCGAUGGUGUCGGCUCUCGGCUACCGCGAGGACGAAGAUCAGUACUUUGCCAAGCUUGCGGCUGGUAGCGACGAGGAUGAGGAGGUUCAGGGACUGUCACUCAUUGAGCGCCUCCGACGGCGGCAGCGCUCACUCGCCGACGAAGUGGCAGGAAAUCCCGACGGUAGCGACGGUGAAGGUGAGGAUGGUGGCGUCAUGGUUGAGGACGACGACGAGGAGGCCAUCAGCGGCGAGGAUGAUCUCCUCAGCGAGGGCGAGGACGGGGAGGAGGGUGACUACGAGGUGCUGUUAGAGGAGGAGCAGGAAAGACUGAAGCGUGCAAGGACAGAGGCGUCGCGGCCGAAGCCACAGUUGGCGGAGCCUGAAGUGGACCGCCGUAAGACGAGCAAGAAGAUCGAGACCCACCGUGGCCUCACCAAGUCUCGCCCGAAGGAUCGCAAGACGCCCCGCACGGCGCAGCGACGCAAAUACGAGAAGGGUAUGCGCAUCCACAAGGCCCAGACACGCACCUUCCAGCCUGAGCCCGAAGGCGGCUUCAUUGGUGUGCCCUCCAUUAAGUCGAAGGUCACGCAGAGUGUUCGGUUUUAG